AAAAAUAACUGCUAAAAACAUUAUUUUAACAGCAGACAAACAUAAAAAAGGAUUUAACCCUUACAACAUAACAACAACAAAACACUACACAAAUAAUUAUAUCUACCUAUCUUGAAAGAUAUCUGAUACAAAAAAAAAUAAAAAUAUAAAUCUACACACCCCCAAAUACCUACUUACAGUAAUGGAUGAGUUUCCAGUUCUAAGAAUAUCACCUGAUGAAAUACUGGAGGAGGAAGAGUUUGAACGACUUUACUCAGCACCAGUGGAAAUAAUUGUAUUGUUGUCAAUUUUCUAUGGCAGCAUAAGCGUGCUGGCAAUAAUUGGCAACACGUUGGUCAUAUGGGUGGUGGCGACCACGCGACAAAUGCGCACCGUUACAAACAUGUAUAUAGCAAAUCUGGCAUUUGCCGAUGUCAUAAUUGGUCUAUUCUGUGUACCAUUUCAGUUUCAAGCUGCCUUAUUACAGCGUUGGAAUCUGCCCUGGUUUAUGUGCGGCUUUUGUCCUUUUGUGCAGGCUUUAAGUGUAAACGUGUCGGUAUUUACACUGACAGCCAUUGCGGUAGAUCGUCAUCGUGCUAUUAUAAAUCCCUUAAGAGCACGUCCCACAAAAUUUGCUUCGAAAUUUAUCAUUGGUUGUAUCUGGUUGAUUGCACUCACUUUUGCCAUACCAUGUGCAAUUGCGUUUCGGGUGGAAGAAGUUCAUGAGCGCAUUAAAGAGAACGGCAUCGUGUACAAUAUGACUAGACCGUUUUGCUCGAAUGUUAAUUUGUCGGAGAAUCAACUACAGUCGUAUCGUUACACUUUGGUAUUUGCACAAUAUUUGGUACCCUUUUGCGUCAUCAGUUUUGUCUACAUACAAAUGACUAUUAGAUUAUGGGGCACCCGAGCCCCCGGCAAUGCCCAGGACUCACGAGACAUAACAUUGCUGAAGAAUAAGAAAAAGGUUAUAAAAAUGCUGAUUAUUGUUGUCGUGGUAUUUGGUCUUUGCUGGCUGCCCCUGCAGUUGUACAAUAUUUUGUAUGUAACAAUACCGGAAAUAAACGAAUACCAUUUCAUAAGUAUUGUCUGGUUUUGCUGCGAUUGGUUGGCCAUGAGCAAUAGCUGUUAUAAUCCAUUCAUCUAUGGUAUUUAUAAUGAAAAGUUUAAACGCGAAUUCAACAAACGCUUUGCCGUCUGCUUUUGCCGUUUUCAAACCACACUUGAUGCAAACGAACGCACUCUCUCCAUGCAUACACGAGCAAGUUCCCUGCGAUCAACAUACGGACAGACACAAAUGCGUCUGCGAGGCAACACUUUAAAUGGCAGUACCCACAGUCAACAUCGUGCCUCCCUGAAAGCAGCCGCAAACAAACAAGAUAUUCUACCUGGAAUUCAUACAGAGGGAGCAACAAUGCUGCUAAACAACUAUGGAGGUUCAAAUAACAAUCACGAAAACUCUAGUAAUAAGAAAAUGUUGUGGCAAAAAAACAAUUUUAAGCCGUUACAUCCAGAAUUAAUUGAAUAUGAUGGUGAUGAGGAACAAAGUUUAAUUGAGGAGAAAAGUCAGGCCAUACCCACUGUUGAGUUGAGAAGCGAGCAGCAAGCAGUCAGCGGCUAAAGUGAUUUAAAAUUUUGAAUUUUCGGUUAAAUCAUGCCUAAAUAAACUUUAAAAGAUUCUCCACCUCCUAAAAGCUGUGAUGUUAGAAAAUCAAAACUGUACAAAUAAUACUGAACUACAACUGAACUUUUGUUUCAAUACAUAUUAUGUUUCU